AUAAAAUUUUGUUUCGACAGCAUUAUUCGCAUUUUCGUGUUCUCUGUAAACAAUUCGUGAUCAACAUCGAAACAGCUUCCGUAGAAUGGAAAAUUCAUUCCUCAACAUGGCACACGUCCACGGUCGAAGAGCAGAGCACCACACAAAGCAUCGACGCUUUGACGAGGCCAUCGAGAAUCAUCGGAAGGCUGCGUCCUACAUUGACGAAGCGCUAAAAAUCGCCCCCCAAUCGGCAGUGGUCCUGGAGUCGCUUCAAUUGCAACGCAAAUAUCACCUGAAGCAGGUGGAUUUUCUUCGUCACAAAAAACAACAGUACGAACGAUACAUGAAGGCGCUGGAAUACCAGCGCAAACGGAAUCCGGAGUUUUUGGCCAAGCAGCUUGAGAAGAUGGAGAAGCACAGCGAGUUACAGGUGGCACUCUAUCAGAAUCUGGACGAUACGGAUGGCUUGCUGGAAACGAUGAUGGGAAGCGGUGGCGAUAGGAAAACCUCCGCGACGGAAGAUUUGAUAUCAUUGAAUCACUCGUUGCGUGUUCUCGUUUAUCGGAUGACGCAAAGUAUCGACGAAUAUGCGAUGGAAAAUGAAACGCUCAAGGAAAAAUUAAGCAUAUAUGAGAAGGAAACCGAACAGCACCCGGCGCUGACAAAUGUGCCGAAGAGUUCGGAGAAAAGUAGAGGAGAAAGGAUUCCCUCGCUGGAAACCGGAAGGGAUGCUUUGGAAGCGGUUGAUUUUCAGCCGGAAGAAUUACCGGCUCUAGCGCCGUUGGAGCUUCCGACGUUCGAUAUGCCAGAGUUUGAGAAUAAUUAGAUGGAAAUGGUCUAUCGGAGCAACAAUAAUUAAAUCUCUGGUUAGAUUAGAGGAACGAGCAACGACUGACCGCUGAAUCGCUUCGUUUGUUUUUAAUUUCUAGAUAAAGUAUCAUGUGAUGGUUUAGUUUUAGUUUUAAGGUUAACUGUAUGUAAUUAAUUGUAAUUUUAAUUAUAUAGAUGCUAGAGUAGUAAACCAUGAAACUGUGUUUCCAGAAUGUUAU